AUGGCUCACCCUCUGUAUGAAUUGUUGGGCAAUAGACCGUGGAACUGGACGUCAAGUUGUGAACAAGCAUUCAGCAACGUGAAACAAGCGCUCACAUCAGAAACUACCUUAACGCAUUACAACCCAGAACUCCCUGUAGAACUGUCCGUCAACGCCUCGCCUCAUGGUCUGGGCGCAGUUAUAAUGCACGUCUAUUCCAAUGGCAUACGUCGUCCCAUCGCUUACGCAUCGCGAACGCUUAAAGAACACGAACAACGGUACUGUCAGAUUGAUAAAGAAGUUCUGCAGGAUUGUUUGCUGUGGGGAGUACGGGUUAUCAUUCCUACACGGUACCAGAAUGAUAUGUUGGAGGAAUUACAUACAGAGCACCCGUGCAUCGUCCGUAUGAAAGAGUUAGCUCGUACCUAUAUAUGGUGGCCUAACAUUGAUUUGGAAAUUAAGCAGACGGUGAGAAGCUGUGGUAGUUGCCAGCGGGUUCGGAAAUCAUCCACUGUAGCUCCACUUGCGCCACGGUUGUGGCCUAGCAACCCCAGGCACCGUAUUCACAUUGACUUUGCUGAGUACGAAAAGAAACAUUAUCUCAUUGCUCUUGACGCGCAUUCUCGUUGGCCCGAGAUUUUCUACAUGCCACAAAACACGAGAGCAACAGCGACGAUCGCGAUAUUACAGGAACUAUUUGCCAGAUACGGAAUACCAAUUCACUGCGUAAGCGAUAACGGGCCGCACUUUCUCAGUGAAGAAUUUGCUCAUUUCUUAAAAAUGAACAGUGUUAAACGCGUACGGGUAGCACCUUAUCACGCAGCGAGCAAUGGGUUAGCGGAGCGUAUGGUGCAAUCGUUCAAGAACCACCUGAAGGCUUACAAGGGCAGCAAACUUUCCAUUCAGCAACGUAUUACGAACUUCCUCUUAUCCUAUCGGUCAUUAAGACACCCCACGACUGGCAGAACACCCACUAGCCUGUUCCUGAGUCGCGAACUACGAACGCGGCCAACUCUCCUCCGCCCAAACUUAGAAGAGAAGGUCGUGGAUUCCCAAGCAAAGCAGAAGGCCACGCACGACAAAUAUGCCAAGUUCAGAGAAUUUUACCCCAGGGACAGAGUUUUAGCGAAAGACCUCAGAAAAGAGGACACCUGGUGGCAAGGCUCGAUAGCUGAGCGAAGUGGACUCAAGUCAUACAGAGUAGUAUUAAAUGACGGCAGAGUGUGGAAACGUCACGUCGAUCACGUGAGACGGGACGGCAUGGGCAGAUCAGCAUCAGAACCAGGUGGAGAGAGAGAGUAUCAGGACCAGUCCUUGGAGGUUCCAUGGGCUAUUCCGGUCAGGUCGGAUAUUUCCGGACAACCCCAAGUACCACCUGAUGCCCACGAAAGUGUAUCAGCUGAAACAGAUUCAGCUCAGGAUCAAAAGCAGGACGUAACACCGCCAGUAACAGCGUAG